UUCUAAAUCAUCCUCCUCAGUUCCGGGUCAUGUCACAUGACUUCACAGCCUCCACACAAAAAGUACCAGGUCCCUGCUAGACUGGAUCGGUAAUUUGGACAAAGUGGGCACGACGCUUUGCUGUGAUUUGCGGUCGGGUAAAACGAUGUCUGGGAUUGGUAGAGUCGGUCUGUCCUUAUCACCGAUCUCAUCUAUUGUUUUCUUUUUAUCUGCGAUGUAAACAGUUGGAAGACAUUGCAUUUUUAAAAAAACCAAAACAUUUCUUAAAAAUAUGUACUAUUUUAUUAAAACGAAAGAGGCGACACUGAACCGUGUAAUAUAGCGAUGACGUGCAUGAUUUCUGCCGCUAAGAAGUAAAUAUAUUUUUGGAAAAUCGUUCAAAAAUACAUCAUCUGGCUGCAUCUGAUCCACUCGGUCACUGCAAAACAUAUAAUUAGAUGAAUGCACGCACCCUUCAUUGCGUGGGAAUUAUUGGUGGAACUACGUCUCUAACUGCAUAUGGCCGAUAUUAUCAUUAUUUUCGCGAUGAAUUCGCAUUUUGCCUUUGCCGUCUGCUAAAUGUCACAGUGAUGCUCCUUUUUUCUGAGUAUGUAGGCCGGUGUGUUUGAGUCCGCCACCCCCUCCCCUCGAUGGUACAGUCCUGGUUCAUUCAUAAAAUUCUAGCAGGGCUUAAUAGGAGGGGCUUGCAUUCAAGUCAUCCAGUUACCAGGUAUAUACCUGGAGAAAAGACACGCUCUCUGCCCAGCGGAAGUUCUAUAUAUAUAUAUAUAUAUAUUUGUCAUUGAGCAGGGCUCGUGUUGUGUUUUAUUUUUUGUUUAUUCACUCUGAUGUAUAAAAACAACCAGACGCCUGAUAUGGAUGCAGUCUCUCCAACCUUGCGGACAGAAUCUCCUGUCGGGACGCUCUGCCAGAAGACGCCAGAAGAGGCGAUCUCUCCAGCGUCUUCCUCGGAGAGCGGAGCCAAGGAGGUCAGCCAGGAUAUAAGUGCUCAGGACAAUCCAUUUGUUCCAACAGUUACAGCAAUAUCCUCCACCCCAGAUUUCCAGUGGAUGGUCCAGCCUACGAUUAUUACAUCUGUCUCCCCGUCUCUGGGCAGCAAGCAAGCCAAUGAACCGCAAAGCUCUCACCAGGCAACACCCAAAGCAGGCGGGAGCAAGGGAAAAAAUGCUGCCAGAAAGGGGAAAACAGAGCAGUUGUCUCCAGAGGAGGAGGAGAAGAAGCGGAUAAGACGGGAGAGGAAUAAAAUGGCUGCAGCAAAGUGUCGCAACAGACGGCGGGAGCUCACAGAUACGCUGCAAGCUGAGACCGACAAGCUGGAGGAGGAAAAAGCAGCCCUGGAGACGGAAAUAGCCAACCUGCUCAAAGAGAAAGAGCGCCUCGAGUUUAUCCUCGCCACACAUAAAUCAGUAUGCCAGAUCCCAGAGGAGCUGGAGUCCAUUUUACAGGCUUCGGUGAGUUCCCCAGAGCUGCCUCCCAGUCCAGAUGAGGACAGGCUUCAGGAUGAAGGCAUCCAGGAAGCUCCUUCACUCCAGGACAUGGACAUCCCCAGUGAUCCGUCCACAGCCAUCUCUGGGAACUCCAAUAUCUUGCUGUGCGCCAACGCUGAAAUCAACAUCUCCGAUCUGGAGCCCUCCCUGGACAUUAAGGAGGGGCUACUAGACAAUAUCCUACCCAGUCUGGAGGACAGAAUCCCCAUGGAGACGGCUCGAUCAGUGCCAGACAUAGAUCUGAGCAGCUCCCUCGGCGUCUCGGACUGGGAGACCUUGUAUAAGUCUGUCUCCUGUGACCUGGAGCCUCUCAGCACUCCGGUGGUGACCUCCACCCCCACCUGCAGCAGCUACCUGUCUGUGUUCACGUUUGCGUGUCCCGAGCUGGACUCUCUGGCGGAGGAGGAACUGGACGGCCUUAAAGGUGGUCUGAGCAAGGCUGAAUCCGUUGAUAUUCUGAACUCGCCAACGCUUCUCGCCUUAUAAUCCACAGAGAGAGGGACGAGAUCUGCCUGAUCUCUGUUUUUUGUUUUUUAUUUUUUUAUUUUUUUUGUAUUUGCAGGUACCUGACUUUAAAAUGAAAUCAACAACAUAUGCCCAGAUAUGCUGUAACUGUUCAAGGAAUACCUAAAUGAAUUGUCUUGUGUUUGACUGAGUAUGCAUAUAAACUUUGUCCUGAUACUUAGCCAACAGAGUGAUGUAGCUAAAAGCAUGGCUGUUAAUUCAACAAGAGGGACUGUCGAUUUGGUUUUAAAAACGCAUGCAGAGAAAAUCCAAAUAAUUUUCAAAGCUUAUUUAUAGGUAUUCAUGAUCUGUUAAUAGAUCUAAAGUGUACUGUGCAAUUUGAUGUAUCUGUAUGGUGUUUUUUGUGCCAAAAGUGUAUUGAUCGCUGUAUGCAUUUACAUAUUCAUCCAUACCUCAAUGUCAUCAGCUGUGCUUUGACCUCAUCGUUGAAAUGUUGAAAGUUUUCCAUGAAAACAUCCAGUGCUAUACACUAUAUAUUAAUAUAUAUAUAUUAUAUCUAUUGAGAUAUAACUUUUAUUUAUUUUUUUACCUUUCAGAUUUUGACUUAUUUGUCAACAUUUAAAAAAAGAGAGCAUUGAUUGCUUAUCUAUGCUGCUGACUAAUAAUAAUAAAUCUAUGUUCCCAAUGGUG